AGGGAAAAGGGAGCAGAUAGAAGCAGAGACAGAGGGAGGUAGCUACAUACAGACGCACAUAGAAAUUGAUGGAAUGACUGGUGGCGGGGGUAAAACUGAGAGAGCGAGAGAGAGAGGGACGAUAGAGCGAGAGGGACGAUAGAGAGGAAGAGGAGGAAAGGGGAGGGUCUGCAUGGUAGAGAGAGAGAGAGAGAGAGAGAAAGAGAGAGGGAGAGGGAGAGAUCGAAAGAAUGUAAAUUAGGGAGAUUCAGUGACGGCGUAGACAAAGGUAGCUUGAGAGUGCGUGCGCCCUCUAUUUCAUUCACGCUCCCUCUCUUUCACAUGUAAUCUCUUUCUCUUUUUCACUCACUCAGUCAGUUACACGGACACACGCACACACCCUCGAGCAGAGCAGCAGAGCAGGGUGGUUGUGAGGCAGCAUGAGAAGUGAUAUCUGUACUUCUACACAUACAACAGCUGGCUAAUGGACUAACUUAAUUACAACACACGCAAACACAGCUACUGUACGCACACUCGCUAGCACACCUUAAUUAUAGGCGGGCAGAACACACACAAGCUAUAGCACACACAACCUGUUUACGGCCAGAAGUCAACAUGGGUGUCGUGAUGGGAACCUUUACCAUGCAAUCCAAGCAGGUAAACUACCUCAAAGACAAAACUGAUGAUGACUUGGAGAUAACAAUGGUGUGCCAUCGACCCGAGGGCCUCGACCAGCUAGAAGCCAUAACCAACUUCAGCAAAAGAGAGCUUCAAGUGCUCUACCGGGGCUUUAAGAAUGAGUGUCCAAGUGGCGUUGUGAAUGAGGAUACUUUCAAGCAAAUAUACUCCCAGUUCUUCCCACAGGGAGAUGCCAGUACCUACGCCCACUACCUGUUCAACGCAUUUGACACAGCACAAAGCGGCUCCAUAAAAUUUGAGGACUUUGUAGCAGCUCUGUCCAUCCUGCUGAGGGGCUCCAUCACUGAGAAGCUACAGUGGACCUUCAACCUUUACGAUGUCAACAGAGAUGGAUACAUCAACAAAGAGGAGAUGACAGGUAUUGUCAGAGCGAUAUAUGACAUGAUGGGGAAGUACACUUACCCUGCCUUGAAAAAUGAUGCACCCAAACAGCAUGUGGAUGCCUUCUUUCAGAAAAUGGACAAAAAUAGAGAUGGGGUGGUCACUCUGGAUGAAUUCAUCCUCUCUUGUCAAGAGGAUGAAAACAUCAUGAGGUCUCUACAGCUCUUUGAAAAUGUCAUCUAGACAACAAAGAAGACGGUGCAACAGAUGAAAGCGCCAAGCAAGAAAAGAGAAUGGAACAAAGAAGAAAGAGAAGCAGGAGAGAUCAACAUGCGAGAGAAAGGGAACAGCACCGCUUGAGACAAAACAUGGAUCUUGUAGCUUUGUGUGGGACGGUUGCCACAAAUCUUCAUUGAAGGCAUCUUGCUGUAACAAAUCCUAUGGGACAAACAAAACGUCCUUUGGACUUAAACCCUUCAUUUAACCUUUCUGUAACAAUUGACCUUGUCUCUGUCUCCCUUGUUUGUUGCUUGUCGUUACGGUUACCGUUACAGUCGCCUCAGACUGUGUGUAUUUCAUUGCAUCGUGUAAAUACUGAUUCUCACACAUUUGGUCGACCCCUUCUCUGUAUAUUGAACCACAUUAUCAAGCAGGACUGGAAUUCCUAAAAGCAGCUAAGCAGUGAGUUCAACCCAAUGCAUACUAUUGUGCAUUAGAGGCGUAAUUAUAGCUGUUUUCAUCAUGAAGUUUUAUGUCAACACAACACAUGUGAGCAAUAUUGUUAAGCAUGCAAGACAGAGGCCUACUACAUAUUUAACGUAUAUGUGCCAUGGAAAGCUUGUUGGCAAUAUAUUCAGCAAAGUGGAUACAUUUGAAAAGCUAAGGUCUGGGUGUAGCAUCUCACAGAGCCACCUCAUCCGUUUCUGAGUUCAGACACAGGCCUGGAAAGCUUUGCUGAGCUGAAUAUAAGCUUGCAGUCUUAAGUCUCGUGGCACUUUGCAGCAGUCUUCUCUACACCUACUGUGUGUGUUCCAGUGGCGUCAGUCAGUGUCUCAAUGUUGCAACGACUCAACUGUAGAUAUUUAACUGUUGUAUUGUAUCGUGGCCGUGUGGAAAAGUCUUGUCUGCGUGUUUCUGAUUCUGACUAUCUGUCUGUCUAUCUGUCAAAUUGGAUAUAACUGUAAUUAUUCAACCUGACACUCUUUGUUAAAUAAAAAGUCAAUUUAGAGGUUUACUGGCAUACAGAUGCAAAGUGUGUGAAAUGUGUGUGUGUGUGUGUGUGUGUGUGUGUGUGUGUGUGUUUGUGGUGUCCUGAUGUAGAGUUUCGAGCAAUUAGCUUCAUCUUGUGGACACCACAAUCUGUCCAGAGAGGAGAGUUUUGUCGUCUGUUUUGUCCAUUAAAAAUGUCGACUCAGAGCGACCAAACUUUCACUGUGAGGUACAGACAGGAGGAAGGGAGCAAGAUGGAGGGAUUGUAGAGAAAGAAUAGAGGAAGAUGAGAGAAUAAGACAGGAGAUGAGAGAGACCUUGUCACUGAUUCUGAAGGAAUGGAAGCCAUGUUUCAUCCAAGAGCCAUUGUUUGGAAGAUUGAGCAGGACAAAAACACAAAUUUCUAAAUGAUUUACUGUCAUGCCCACUCACUGUGCUACCAAUGAGAACCCUUGCUGAGAUGUGUUGUGGCUCGUCUCACAUGUAGCCAGAUAGACUAACAGACAGGAAGACAAACAGAUAGACAUCUUAAAACUGUCAGAAUGAAAUAAUGUGUGUAAUGAAAUAUUGUAUAGAAUCAUUAUAUUUAUCAAUAAACUUUUCAA